CACUACUUCAAUUAUUGUAUGCAUGCAUGUGAGUCGGCCAUUAAAGAUAGGGUGCCUACUGGAGACUGUUUGCCAAAUAAUGGUCAUCAGGAGAAGGCUACUUCGUCUUCGAACAUGGGUAGAAGCCGAUGUGGCUCAAAGGAGGGAUUGAACAAAGGAACUUGGAGUGCCAUGGAGGACCGGAUCCUCACUGACUACAUCAAAGCUCAUGGAGAAGGGAGGUGGGGGAAGAUUCCCAAGCGAACAGGCCUAAAUCGAUGUGGGAGGAGCUGCCGGCUUCGAUGGCUGAACUACCUGCGGCCAGAUAUCAAGAGGGGGAACAUCUCCCAUGAAGAGGAAGACCUCAUCAUCAGACUCCACAAGCUCUUAGGGAACAGGUGGUCUCUGAUAGCUGGAAGGCUCCCGGGUCGAACAGACAACGAAAUCAAGAACUACUGGAACACAGUCCUGAAGAAGAAGGCGCAAGUUCGGUCAGUUCCAUUAACAAACCUGAUGUGUUCGAACCAAGAUGAAGAGAGGAAGUCCAAGAGCAAAACAAGAGUUCGAGCUCCACCAUUUGAGAAUCCAGCAAGGUGCAGCGAGGCUGAACUGAGUUUAGAUCGGCAUGGCAACCAAACUGUUCAUAAGAAUGAACUCAAGGCGCUCGUGAUGGACGACAUGGCACCAGAGAGUUCUUUGUUAGCUCCUCAAGAUCAUGACCUACUGAACUUAGUGACGGGUUGCAAUACUGACGGUCUAUUCCGCCCGUGUCUCCUUGACUUCGAGCUCUUCCAACUCGUUGGGGACAAUAUCCAACAGGACAUAGGGGACCGUAACAAUGGUAAAUUGUGCGUGCCUUUCGAUGAGAAUGUCAUCUCCAGCGGAGGAAUGUUUGAGAAUUGGAUCGGGACCGACCACAUCCAACCAUAUGGCAGUCUUGAUCUUGGAUCACUGGCUACUUUCUUCGAAUCCGAGUCAUGAAAUCUUGGGCUAUCAAGCACCACGGUUUGAUAGUGGUUUGCAUGUAGAAUUAUGUUACCAUACUUCAGCCCUUUCACCAGUGUUUGUUGUUGUUUAUAUCAAUGCAACUCUUUCACAAGUAUUCGAAUAAAAUUUAACUCCAGUCCUCUAAUA